AUGUAUUCCAUUCUUCAUCUCCUGCCCGCAACUGAGGCCCUGCGCAUCCUCCGUCCGCGCGCAUCCUCGAUGAACUCUUCGCUGCGACGCAAAACGCACAACACUUUUGACGUCCUGCUGCAGAUGGAGGUGUUGAUGAACCCGGACUGUAAGAGCCAGGUCCGGCGCAUUACCGUCAACGGUGCCACUAUUCCGUUCAUUUGGGCCAACUACGACCGCUUCAUCGCGCUCAAGUUUACCCAGUUGACCGGGGCCAUGCCCAAGCCCUAUGGAGCGACUCUGUGUUGGUAUGUGUCCCCAUCUGAGUGUGCACAGCCUUCCAUAUUCUGCUACAAGGGCAGCUGCCAGGACGACAGCAAUGUCUCCAGGGGGCGAGGGGCCCGAGUGUGCCCAAACCUCGAUCGCGCCCUGCAAAUGUGGCGGCAAGCUACUCAUAGCUACUUGUGCGACACGACACUUCUCAAGUUGAAGAAUGUGUCAGCGUUCCUGAUCCCCGCUGUACUGGAUGAUGAGGGAGUCAGGGGAGGUAGGGAGGCCCCAUUGGGAAAAUGUCCUCUGGCUUUGGGUCAAGUAUAA